CCCGGCAGGAGCUGGUACAGCACAGGAAGAACUGACUGGACCCAGUGCGGCUUCAGGGAACACAUUCGUUCGAGUCCUGACCACAGUAUUGCUAUUCUUGGUGCUGAUUUUCUGAUGAUGAUAGAAAAAUCAUUUGACUUGUAAAGGAGCAGGAUUGAUCUAGAGGCAGUUGAGACAAAUACAGAACCUCACCAUGUUAUGGGAAAGGGCCCCCAAAGAAAAGCCAAAAGCAGCCACCCCCAAGUCUCGCCAAGGGCCCACAGAUGAGGCCCAGAUGGCAGCAGCGGCAGCCUUGGCCCGGCUGGAGCAGAAACCCAAGCCUUGGCUCCCUUCAUCCCAGGAUGCCAUCAAGAGUCAGGUGAAAAAGGAGCUUCUGGCUGAAGCAGCAGCAAGUGAGAGCGGACUGUCCACAGAUCACAAGCUCUUUCUUCAGAGUCCUGUGUCUGCAGUUGAGGAAGAAACAGCUGGACUGUCAGUGUCAGGGGUCUAUUUCGUUUGCCCACUAACUGGGGCCACCGUAAGGAAAGACCAGAAGGAAGCACACAUAAAAGAGGCCAUCCUCUUGCAUUCCUCUAGAGACCCAGUGGCUGCCUCGAUCAUGGAGAUUCAUACCUUCAACAGGGACCGAGAGAGAGUGAAACUUGGUGUUGAGACCAUUGCUAAAUACCUGGAUAACAUCCACCUCCAUCCAGAGGAGGAGAAGUACCGGAAAAUCAAACUGCAGAAUAAAGUGUUUCAGGAAAGGAUAAACUGUCUAGAAGGGACACACGAGUUUUUCCAGGCCGUUGGGUUUGAGAAGGAAACACUGCCUGUUCCAGGACAAGAGACCACAGAAGAGUACUAUGUGCUGAAGGAGGAAGUGUUGACUAAGCUGGAGGACCUCAAGGACUACAAGGAGCAGCUGUUGAGCUCUGAGCCGGUGAAGGCCCAGCUGGAUCGCCAGAUCUGCGUAUUCAAACCCUCCCCACAAGCUGCCCAGUUUGAGCUGCCCCAUGACUUCUACAACCUCACGGCAGAGGAGCUAAAACGGGAGCAGCGGCUCCGGACGGAAGCAGUGGAGAAGGCCUCUAUGCUGAGGACAAAGGCUAUGCGGGAGAGAGAAGAACAAAGGGAGAUGCGGAAAUAUAACUACACACUGCUACGAGUCCGUUUCCCUGAUGGAUACAUUCUGCAAGGGACAUUCUAUGCCCGGGAGCCAGUAUCUGUGCUCUACAGGUUUGUGAGAGAAGCACUGAAGGAUGAUUGGAUGCCCUUUGAGCUACUUGCACCCGGAGGUCUUAAACUGACGGAAGAGAACUUGGCAUUCAAUGAGUGUGGGCUGGUGCCAUCUGCUCUCCUGACACUUGCAUGGGAUGCAGCUGUCAUGGCUGACAUAAAAGCUUCAGGAGAAGAGCAGAAAGGAAGCCCCUUGAAACCAGAACUCCUUUCUGCUGUCCAGAUAUUGUCAUGAAAUAAACAGGAUUGGAUUGAGUGCGGUUGGUUCUAUUAUGUGCCAUUGCCUGCUCCCCCUGCACGCCUCAAGCACGAAAAUGGAAGCUGCCUUAACAGUUUGUCACAAACUUAAGGGAAGACUUCACUUUUAGGUAGAGCAGUAGGAGGCCAGGUUUCAGCAGGGUAAUGCACAAUGCAUCAUCACCUCCAGUUCAGAGAGGAGUGGCUAUAUAAUGGGACAUGAGGACUGUGUUUAAACUGAUUUAGAAGGCUGAAGACAGUCUUGCCCAGGAAAAAAAACUUUAACUGUGCUGCUUUUAUAUAACUUAUUGUAAAAAGUUCUCUUGAUUACUCUGUAUGUUUAAAUCUUUUCUAGAGCCGCUAUAGAAAAUAAAUCCACCAUGUUGAACUGCAGCAAAGAGGAUGGCUGCAAGACUCUCCCAUUAUUGAGUUAUGAUAGUGGGCAGGGCUAGUGUUCAGCUUUUCCUUAUGCUUCUACUGUACAAAAAUGGCUGCUGAAUGAGACUUGUUUAAAACACUAAUUGUGUCAACUGCAACAAGUUAGAGUGUUAGCUUGAUUAAAUGGAAUAUUUGGAAAUGCAGUUUCCUUGAGUCAGGUUAUUGAGUUAACUUGCUUGAUAGUUAAGGUUGCAAGUUUGUCAGAUUGACUUUGUUGCAGCUGGUGCUGGUUCCAGGGCUGCUCAAGCUGGGUGGCCCUGGGGCCAGCAGUGUAAGAGGGGGCUUAGGGCUUUCUGGCUCCCACUCCCAUGGCCCUGCAGCUCCCAGGUGGUGGAAGGGUCUCCAUGCUGCCUGUAGGCCCUGCCCCUGCAGUACCUAGUGGCUGUGGUUCCCAGCCAAUGGGAUCAGCAGAGCUCCUUCCCUGGCCCCUCUAUCACCUAGGAGCUAUGGAGCCAGGAAGGGAGCCCCUACGAAGUCUCCCCCCCCCCCCCC